UUAUUUCAAUUGCCUCCGACAAAAUGCUCCGCCACCACAGCUGCGCCCUGCUCAUGCUCAUCCUCGUAUUCGUGGAGGUUUUUGCAACACAGUCGCCGACGUUUGACCGUCAGGAUCGCGAUUACCGGCCACUUCAGUUCGGCAAGCGAGAUGGGUACCGUCCAUUGCAGUUCGGAAAACGCGACUAUCGGCCUCUCCAGUUCGGAAAGCGAAGCAGCGGCAGCUCUGGACCAGUUGUGCUCGAGCCAAUCUGGGAAUGGCAAUAACCGACCCCGUCUAACUAUUUUUCCCUGCUCCGCCAUCCAAACCACCAAUCGAACGAUUUAUUUUUUUCUAAUAACCAACACAGAGACAGUCGCCAAUGAAUCAUUUUAUUGUUGAAGAAUUUCUUUUCUUUUUUGCAAUUAAAAUCAAAACAAAAAACUUUGAAUAAAGCUUUU